AGCUAACUUGUAUCGUAUACAAACAUAUUUCCCGUGAAAGACCCCAAAAAGACACUUGAGCAAGAUUGUAUAGAGAGUAUAGAUCGCACUGAUCAGAUGCCGCCCAAGAGGAAAGCAAAGAGUUCCCCGCAAAACCAGGCACAACGAAAGAAGCACAAUACACAGCAGGAGAAGAAAGCAGAGGAGCCACAGCCACAAGUGACACCAGAUCAGUCGCGGUCCAGCAUGGCUGAUGGGAAGAAAGCUUCACUGGACGACGCUGCUGCUGCGAAGGCUCCCUCUAGCAAAGAUGAGGACUAUACGGCACCCCCUGAUGCUGAGAGGUCAGCAGAAAACUCGUUGCCGAAUUCUGAACCCACCCCAUCAACAGACGCCACACCAACACGUACGGCAGCGCCAGAUGCCAGUAGAUCGUCGAGUAGUGGUAGACUAUCGGAGUCAAGCAGGCCUACUAGUAGCAGCAAGGAUAGUCUGGGGGGGUCCUAUACUGUAAGCGGCAAUAGAGACAGCAUAGGGGGUCCGUAUAGGCACAUUGUGGAAGCCAUGAAUGACUGGGGCGAUGACGCAGGCCAGAUUGUGGCGGUAUCGCAGUUGUGCGAACAGCUGAGUGUAGCGACGGAAGAGACAUUGACGGGCUUCCCAACCAAUGCGAUGGUGGUCAGUCUUGUAGCGCUGAUGGGUGCGGAGUACAAUCCUGAUCUGAUGUUGGUUGCCACACGCACGCUGACGCAUCUGUUGGAAGCCAAGCCCUCAGCCACGACAGUCGUCAUCCGCAAUCAAGUGGUGCCUGUGCUGUGCUCCAAGCUGUUGAUGAUUGAGUACAUUGACUUGGCCGAGCAAUCGCUCACAGCCCUUGAGAAGGUAUCGCAUGGGUCGAGGGGAUACACCUGUGAAUAA